AUGCGAUAUUGUGUUACAGUAGGUCGAGGUAUGGAACCGUUUGUGAAAAAACAACUGGAACAAAUUCAGGAUGUAAAGAUUGAUGGAAGUAUUGUAGAAGGUAAAGUGCUGUUUGAUGCGAGCAAUUCCAAUAAACUGUGCAAUUUACGAUGUGCUGAAAGGUUGUUCUUGGUAGCAGCUUAUGAAAUAAUCGAUUGCAGCUGGAACAAACGACAACUGUUCGAUAAGCUAUUCAGUUUGUGUGAUAGAAAUUCCUUAUUAAAUUCCACUUGUGAAACAGCUUUCAAUUGUUUGUUUUCUUAUGGAGAGCCAAUACAGAAUAGAACUUUUCGUGUAUCACUCAAAGCAACUGGAAAAUGGCGUCGAAAAAUUGAUAUUGAGAAGCUUUCUACGAGUAUCGCUCGUCAUAUUAAACAGAUGUCUGGUUUCAAUAGUUCAGUUCAUUUUACUGCUAUUGAAAUUUGCAUACAUGUGUCGGAAAAAUGCAUCUUCAUUGGUAUACCAAUCACUCGAGAACGUUUAUCGAAGCGACAUUAUUUGCUGAACAAUUCACUACGUUCAACUGUUGUGGAUGCAAUGUUAUCAAUGGCGAACAUUCAAGAUGGUGACAUUGUUGUUGACCUGACCUGUGGUUCUUCUUCUAUCUUAUUGCAAAUUGCACACGAUUUUCAGGAUAAGGAAAAUUAUUUUCUCACUUUUUCUUUAAAAGAAAGGUUUUUCUUUUGGGUAUUGAUUUCUCUUGGGAUGCUUUACAACAAUCACUGCGAAAUGUGGAUUAUUUGCGAAAAAAUGACAAUGUAG